GCCGCAGCUCGCUCGCUCGCUCGCACCAACCCCACCCGCCUCCCGGUGAAUCGCACCGGCUCUCCCCGUAUAUGUAUGAAGCUGCUGCCCCCUCCGCCCGCCUCCCCCUGCUGCUCCUCAGAUCCCUCCUCCCACCACCGUCUCCCUCCGCCGCCCCAGCUUCGCCGCGUCGCCUUCCCUCCAGCCGCCUCGCGGCCCUUCGCCGGACUGCUCCGCGCCGCCCGUGUGCGGUGCUCGUCGUCCACCUCGGGCAGGGUCAGGGGCAGCGUCGCGCGGUUCCAGCGCAGCAGGAUGGCCGCCUCAGGUACUGAGCAUGCCUACAACAAUAUUUUGACCAGCCUCCCUAAGCCUGAGGGUGGUGAAUACGGGAAAUUCUACAGCCUUCCUGCACUUAAUGACCCAAGGAUUGAUAAGCUGCCCUACUCUAUCCGUAUUCUUCUGGAGUCAGCUAUCCGUAACUGCGAUGGCUUCCAAGUUACCAAGAAUGAUGUCGAGAAAAUCAUUGACUGGGAGAACACAUCUCCGAAGCUGGCUGAGAUACCUUUCAAACCAGCACGAGUUCUGCUCCAGGAUUUCACUGGAGUCCCAGCAGUUGUAGAUCUUGCAGCUAUGCGUGAUGCGUUGGCUAAGUUGGGCAGUGAUGCGAACAAGAUCAAUCCAUUGGUUCCAGUGGAUCUUGUUAUCGACCACUCGGUGCAGGUGGAUGUAGCAAGGUCGUCCAAUGCAUUGCAGUCGAACAUGGAGCUGGAAUUUACCCGCAACAGAGAAAGAUUUGGAUUUCUUAAAUGGGGCUCAACUGCUUUCCAAAACAUGCUGGUUGUCCCCCCAGGUUCUGGUAUUGUUCACCAGGUCAAUCUCGAGUAUCUUGGCAGAGUUGUUUUCAACACAGAUGGCAUUAUGUACCCUGACAGCGUUGUUGGCACUGAUUCACACACCACUAUGAUUGAUGGUCUGGGUGUUGCUGGCUGGGGAGUUGGUGGUAUUGAAGCAGAGGCUACAAUGCUUGGGCAGCCGAUGAGCAUGGUGUUGCCUGGUGUGGUUGGGUUCAAGUUGACUGGAAAGCUAAGGAAUGGUGUCACUGCUACCGACCUUGUUCUUACUGUUACCCAAAUGCUAAGGAAGCAUGGUGUUGUUGGGAAAUUUGUCGAAUUCCAUGGUGAAGGUAUGGGCAAACUGUCUUUGGCUGACAGGGCCACAAUUGCUAACAUGUCACCAGAAUAUGGAGCUACCAUGGGCUUCUUCCCUGUAGACCAUGUGACAUUAGAUUAUCUCAGAUUGACUGGCCGAAGCGAUGAAACUGUGUCAAUGAUCGAAGCAUAUCUACGAGCUAAUAAUAUGUUUGUGGACUAUAAUGAGCCUCAAUUAGAAAGAGUUUACUCUUCGUAUCUUGCGCUGGACCUUGAUGAGGUAGAGCCUUGCAUUUCUGGCCCGAAGAGGCCGCAUGACCGUGUCACUUUGAAGGACAUGAAAUCAGAUUGGCAUGCUUGCCUGGACAACAAAGUUGGUUUCAAGGGCUUUGCGGUGCCGAAGGAACAACAGGAUAAGGUUGUGAAAUUUGACUUUAAUGGACAACC